CGUGCAUUCGCUGCGGAGAGUGUGUUUAAGAUGGCGGCCACGUCGCUGAGUUCGGUUGUCCCGUAUGCGCUUCCAUACGUCGACGGACGCGACCUCUUCAUCCUCGAUACAGGUGAACAGAACAGAAACGCAGCACAGGACAGCACACCACACAGGAGGGAGAGGGAGGCUGUAUGAUGGAGAGAAGCCGCACACCACGCCGCAGAUAUUCCAUGAAUUGAUCUGCCGCUCUUGUGGAUGGUUUGUGUGUGUGCCAGUGUGUAAGGACUUGAAGGCCCUGGUGGAUCCCGAUCCCUCGUCGGCCAUCUGGCGGCUGCAGGUAGGCACACACGGACACGCCAUUACAGCUGCGCCCACCGAUCCCAAUGUGUUGCAGUAUCAUCGCUCGUUCGGCAAGAGGGGCAAGGGCAACGUUCGCCUCAUCAGCAGUUCCGCCCACUUCCCCCGUGAGUCGGUCCGCAACCCCUCCGCGUACGUGCCUCUGCCCGAGGGGGACUACCGCAGGGCCUAUCGCCGCAGCAGAGUCGUCGAGGACUUCGGUGCCAACGCCGAGGUGAGUCAGCUGCGGUGGGGCCAGGCCAAGUGCGUGAAGCCAAGGAACUCGAUGAAGCGUAGCCGCUCGAGCAUCUUCAUUGCUGGCCCUAGUUUGUAUGUGUUCGGUAAGUGAGGACAGUGAGAGAAGGAGGAAGCCCGAGUCAGGCACCUGAUUGAUGCCCCUGUGUCGGUGUGCAGGUGGGGUGGUCGGCGGCAAACGCGAGAAACCCAGCUUCAAGACCGACCUCUGGCGGUAGCUGAAAACCACAUACACUUAUAGAUCCCGAGCGCUUGCUCUUUGCCUCCCUCCCUCAGUGUGUCGUUGGCCUCCCUCGUGCCGGGCGGCAAGUACGAGUGGCAGAGGUGUCACGUCGAUGGCGUCGCUCCCCGCCCAUCAGAUGCCCUCAUCCUCAUCCCCGUCAACAUCGCCCCUCCUCCCCUCAACGCACCCCCCACCCAACCCGAGUGGCCGAAGCGCUACUUUGUGGCUGGUGGGCGGAGCGGCAGCGACACCGACAGCCUCUGGGGAGUGCUGGAGAUCAAUCGCGAGGAGGGUGUCGAUAGUGCAAAGUAUCGACACCAGUGGCUGAGCAAGAGCGAGCUGAGAGGCGCGGAGAAGAAGAGCACACCGCCACUCAAUCGGUAAGCCAAGUGAGAGAGAGAGAGAGACAGAGAGAUAGCCCAUGCUGCAUAUCUGCCGACUCACUCCUUCCUGUGUCUGUGGUUGGCUGCAGUCGCUACUUCACGUGUACGUUUGUGCCCAUUCGGUCGUCGGCUCACCCCAAGGGCUACAUCUUCAUCUUCGGCGGCAUGGACAGCACAACCGGGUAGGGCACUUGGGGCCUGACAGCACCCACACGACCCCUUCAGUGUUUUCUGGUUCGGUCAGCGAAGCGUUGAAUUCCUCGAUCAUCGUCGACGUGGCGACCUGAUCAUUCAACGACAAGUGAGAGACCCCCAACCCCAUUCGCCGCCACGACCGCUCUCAUCUUGUAUGUCUGCCUGUCUGCCUGUGUGUCCGUGUCAGCGAUGGCAAUGUGGGCGGCCUUCGCCCGACAGCCCGUCUGAACCACACGGCCACUCUCGUCAAGGACCGCUAUGUCUUCAUUAUCGGCGGAGAGGGUAAGGCAGGCAGGACAAAAUGUCGAUCACACUGGCCAUGCUGGCGUCGUGUGUGUGAUUGCGUGCCUGCAGAGUGGGACCAUGAGAUUGACUCUGACUUUGACGAGAGCGAUGACGAGUUUGACAGCGGGUACGGACCUUCACAGCACUUCGACCCGGUGGGCUUCGUGUCGCCACCGCGGCUGAGCAUCUUUGACGGAGAAAGCAAGACGUGAGUGAUCCGUCUGAUGCAUCGCGUGUCCGCCGUGACGUGCAGGGGAAUGCCUGUACGUAUUUUCCUGUCCUGCAGGUGGAUCGAAUUAAGCCGUCUGCCGUGGGUCGCAAUGGGCACUUUCCCGCUGGUUGACGGUCAGUCAGUCAGCACAGACAGCCAUCCGUGUGUUGGCCAUCGUAGCGCAGGUUGUCGUGUUGUGUUGUCGUCAGAUGCACUUCGCUCAUACUUGGCGUCGGUGGAGGGCCACCGGUGCGACUUUGCUCGCCACACAGCUGUGCUGGCAGGUCAGUGGCAGGCAGGCAGUCCGGCGGAGUAAGAGAGGCUGGCACUUUUGUGUGUGUGGGCCUCUGUGUUUGCAUGCAGGUGACAAGAUCGUCAUCAUGGUGCCCUACGCCAACUACGGGGGGGUCGGUCGCUACGGAGGCAUGAAGACCCUCACCUUCGACAUCACCACGGGCCGAUUCAGCAAGCCGGCAUUCGCCACACGGCCUCAGAAGAUGUCCACCGCACCCCCACCCCCCGGGAUGACCCCGCAUCCUACGCCAAGCCGCUCCUACAAGCCCUACGAGCCGCCGCCAGCAGCGUGUGCAGCUGCCGUGUGGACGGGCAGGUGAGUACACAUUCACGACCACGUACACUCAGCGCAGGCAACGAUGAAUGGCUUCGGUUGUGUGUUCAGUGAGUUGAUUCUGUACGGCGGCGCGAGUCUGCUGGACGAGGAGUGGGACGAAGGUGACCCCGAGACCCACUACGAUGAGGACGAUUACCGCCACGACCAGACCAAGCACUCCGAGAUCAGCGUGCUGGGGGUCAUGGAUCGCGCGACGAACGACCAGACCGUACCCGUAGACCGACACCAACAGGUGGGUACACCAACACGGAAGGCCAUCUCCGUCCCCUCGAUCGGCUCCAUUGAUGCCGUGGCUGUGCAGGUGAUGCCGUUUAGCCGUCGCUAUGUGUGGAACCGGCAGCUGUGGCAGAUGGACGUCAUCCCGCCCUCCAGAUGGGACGACCAUGACCUGAUCGAGAAGCGGUGGUAUGAGGGGCGGCAGCGGGCCAGGGGCGCCAGGGCCGCGGAGAGAGAGCAACUGAGGCAGAGGGGCGUCGAGAUCGAGUGUGACGGUGAUGAGUAUGACGGCAUGGAGGGCUACACGGAGAAAGAGAUCGACGAUCAUUUGGCCGGCAAGCCGCUGCCGUGCAACAAGGUGUUCGGCAAGCCCAUCACACCCACUCGCCACCAGGCCCUCUCCAAAUUCUUUCCUGUGACCGGGUACGCCACUGUCUAGCCAUCUGACAUGCCCGCUCUGUCUGUCUGUCUGUGUAUCUGUCGUGCAGUAUCCUUCACAGCGAUCCAGUGCAUUGGUACGUAAGACCAACGAGGCGCAGACGAAGGGUCCAGACCGAUUCACUGCUCGUCUCUGCAGGACGCUGCCGACGGGCAACUCGAGAGCUGUGACCACUCCCAAGAUCACCAAAUACUUCAAGCGCGUGUGAGCGACACUCAAAGCGUCGCACACGGCACCAACACCGGGACACUCUCACCGGUUGGUUGUGUCUGUGUCUGUGUGUCAGUCGUGGCCCCAAGCCGCCUCUGGUGCAGUCGUCUCUGACCGACUUCUUCCCCUUCAGAACGGCAUGCCGACAGACCAUCAACCACGGAUACAGGAGCUAGUUCAGACGGCGGUGUUACGAAGGCCAUUGAUUGUGGGUGG